AUGCUACCUCUAUCACUGUUACGUACUGGUCAAGGCCAUCAAAUUAUGGUCGAGCUAAAGAAUGGUGAAACAUACAAUGGAAUACUUGUCAACUGUGACAAUUGGAUGAAUAUCAAUAUGAAGACUAUAGUUAGAACAUCAAAGGAUAGUGAUAAGUUCUGGAAGCUACAGAGCUGUUAUAUUAGAGGCAACACAAUCAAAUAUAUAUCGGUGCCUGAUGAGAUCAUCGACUUGGUGGUGGAGGAGGAACAGAUUGUAAAGCAUCACAUGCCAACAGGUACUCCAGGCGGUCGCGGUGACGGAGGUCGCGGACGUGGUGGCGAUUACAGAGGCGGUCGUGGACGUGGCGAUGGUGCUGGUCGCGGCAGAGGUGAUGGUGGUGCCCCUGGUGGUGGAGGCAGAGGAAGAGGCGACGGAGGUGGACGUGGACGUGGCGAAUAUAGAGGCGGUCGUGGUGGCAGAGGCGAUGGCGGUCACCGAGGAGGCAGAGGUGGUUCAUACUCCUAA